CGACUUCCCGGCACCAUCAGCUCCUGAACGGAGAGCUUCCAUGCCUUGAGAACAAGGAGCUGCCGUACCACAGUGAGCUUGAGAAGAUUUCUAUGUCCCAGUAGCACAACUUGGUUUUGGGGGGGAAGUGAAAUUACCCGUAGCUUAGUGCGUGCUCCCGUUCGCAGCGUGCCCACACACACGUAGCACGUGCGGCUGCAGCGCUUGAUGCAGUUUUUCAGAAGGCAGCAACAGCGGAGCGCUUCCCGAGCCGCCGUCAGCCGCCUCUCCGGUCGAGGCUCCAGCGCGGGGCCGACUCACGCACGCGUUAGCUGUCGGGCGCGCUCUGUGCGCGGCCCCUUUAAGGCGGCGCGGGGUCGGGCCCCGCCGCAUGAUUGACAGGUCGGCGGCGUCACGUGACCGGGCUCUAUUUGAAGGUCACAAAAAGCUGCUUCCUUUAGAGAGAGGGAGAGCGAGGGAGGGAGCGGGAGAGCGAGCGAGGGAGGGAGCUCACGCCAAAAUGGCCGACGGAGUCUCUGCUGGCUUCUGAACAUUUGAAAUUGAAAAAAAAACAAACGCGAAAUCGUUUCGGGAUUUUUUUUUUUGUUUCAUUUCCAUUUCUACCUUGUAUGCCUCAACUCGCUGGAUUUAAGCACUGCUGCACUUUAUGAGAGAGAAGGAGCAAGAAAGGGAAGAACAGUUAAUGGAAGACAAGAAAAGGAAGAAGGAGGAUAAGAAAAAGAAGGAAUCUGCUCAGAAGGUCACAGAUCAAAAAACCAAAGUGCCCGAAGUGACGAAACCAAGUUUAAGCCAACCAGUGGCUGCCAGCCCAAUUGGCAACUCUCCAUCGCCACCAGUCAAUGGUGGCAACAAUGCCAAAAGGGUGGCAGUGCCGAACGGACAACCGCCAAGCGCCGCCCGCUACAUGCCUCGGGAGGUGCCGCCGCGAUUCCGUUGCCAGCAGGACCACAAAGUGUUACUGAAACGUGGGCAGCCCCCUCCACCAUCCUGUAUGCUCCUUGGGGGUGGAGCAGGGCCUCCUCCCCCGGCAGCACCAGGAGCAAACCCCAACAACGCACAACCAGUGACAGGAGCACUGCUGCAGAGCGACAGUGGGACUGCAACAGAUUCAACAAUUGGAGGUGCUGCUGCUUCAAAUUAUGCAAAUUCCACUUGGGGUCCUGGAGCCUCCUCCAACAGCGGCACCAACGCCAACCCAACUCACAUCUGGGACAAGGUGAUUGUAGACGGGUCUGACAUGGAAGAGUGGCCUUGUAUCGCCAGCAAAGAUGCUGAGUCUUCUUCCGAAAACACCACCGAUAACAACAGUGCCUCGAACCCUGGCUUGGAGAAGAACGCUCUGCCAGGAAGCACCACUAGUAACAAAGGAAAAGGAAGCCAGUGCCAGUCUGGAAGCGCUGGAAAUGAAUGUAAUCUUGGGGCCUGGAAAUCUGAUCCCAAGGCUAAAUCUGUUCAAUCUUCCAACCCUGCUGCCGAGAGUAACAAUGGACUAAGUAAUUGGAGGAACUUGACUGGACAAGAUAGAAUUGGUUCUGGUUCUGGCUUCAGCAACUUUAACCCAAAUAGCAACCCGUCUGCUUGGCCAGCACUGGUCCAAGAGGGCAAUUCUAGGAAAGGGACUUCGGAAUCUGAUAGUGGUAGCUCCAAUGCACAGAUUAGCACAGUAGGUCAGACCUCUAGGGAACAGCAGUCAAAGAUGGAAAAUGCGGGUGUUAACUUUGUCUCUGGCAGAGAACAGGCUCAAAUUCAUAACACUGAUGGACCAAAAAACGGAAACACUAACUCCUUGAACUUAAGUUCACCAAACCCUAUGGAGAAUAAGGGAAUGCCCUUUGAAAUGGGCUUGGGGAACCCUUCCAGGAGCACUGACACCCCUUCACAAAGCACUGGAGAAAGAAAGACUGGGAGUGUUGGGUCUUGGGGUACAGCUAGGGGGUCUUCUGGAACUGACACAGUCUCUGGACAGAGCAAUUCUGGAAACCAUGGGAACAAUGGAAAGGAUAGGGAGGACUCCUGGAAAGGAGCUUCUGUUCAAAAAUCUAAUGGGUCAAGAAGCGAUUCUUGGGAUAACAAUAACCGGUCUACGGGUGGUGGGUCUUGGAACUUUGGCCCUCAGCAUGCAAAUGAAAGCAAAUGGGGUGAAGGGAACAAAUUAACAUCUGGGGUCUCUCAGGGAGAAUGGAAACAGCUGUCUGGGUCUGAUGAACUGAAGAUUGGAGAAUGGAGUGGUCCAAACCAACCAAAUUCUAGCACUGGAGCAUGGGACAAUCAAAAAGGCCACCCUCUUCCUGAAAACCAAGGCAAUUCCCAGGCUCCCUGUUGGGGAAGAUCUUCCAGCUCUGCAGGAAGUGAGGUUGGAGGUCAAAGCACUGGAAGCAACCACAAAGCAGGAAGUAGUGACAGUCACAAUUCUGGACGCCGAUCAUAUAGGCCUACACAUCCUGAUUGCCAGGCAGUCUUGCAGACUUUGCUGAGCAGGACUGAUUUGGACCCCCGAGUGCUUUCAAACACUGGCUGGGGCCAAACACAAAUUAAGCAAGACACCGUAUGGGAUAUUGAAGAGAUGCCACGGCCUGAGGGGAAGUCUGACAAAGGAACUGAGGGGUGGGAGAGCUCUGCCACACAGACAAAGAACUCAGGGGGCUGGGGCGAUGUACCCAGCCAAAGCAAUCAAAUCAAGUCUGGAUGGGGUGAGCUCUCAACCCCAACAGAGUGGAAGGACCCCAAAAAUACUGGAGGAUGGAAUGACUAUAAGAACCCCAAUUCAUCUAAUUGGGGAGGGGGAAGACAAGAAGAGAAAUCGUCAUCUUCUUGGAAUGACAGCUCUAGUAAGGAUCAGGGGUGGGGUGGACGGCAGCCUAAUCAAGGAUGGUCUUCUGGAAAGAACGGUUGGGGAGAGGAAGUUGACCAAGCGAAAAACAGCAACUGGGAAAGUACGGGAAAUAAGCCAGCAUCUGGUUGGGGUGAAGGUGGGCAAAAUGAGAUUGGAACUUGGGGUAAUGGUGCAAAUACAGGCUCUGCUUCAAAGGGUGGUUGGGACGAUUGUAAAAGAAAUUCAACGUGGAAUGAGACGGGUCGACAGCCCAACUCCUGGAACAAGCAGCAGCAGCAACAGCAGCAGCAGCAGCAGGAGACUUCUGGUUCCUGGGGUCCACCGCCACAAACUCCAAGUAAUGGGCGACCUCCGAACCCAAACUGGAACAGCGGACCACAACCAGCUGCCCCCAAAGACGAGGAGCCUAGUGGCUGGGAAGAACCUUCUCCACAGUCAAUCAGUCGGAAAAUGGAUAUUGAUGAUGGCACUUCAGCGUGGGGAGAUCCUAGCAGUUAUAACUACAAGAAUGUGAACCUGUGGGACAAGAACUCACAAGGAGGACAGGCCCCACGGGAACAGAGCCUGCCUACUCCAAUGACUAGCAAAUCACAAGCAUCAGUCUGGAGCAAAAGCACUCCGCCUGCUCCAGAUAAUGGUACGUCCGCCUGGGGUGAGCCAAAUGAAACCAGUCCCGGGUGGGGUGAAGUAGAUGAUACAGGAGCAUCGACAACAGGCUGGGGGAAUGCACCUUCCAACGCCCCGAAUGCCAUGAAAUCUAGUUCUAAAUCUAUGCAAGAUGGCUGGGGAGAGAGUGAUGGGCCAGUAACAGGCACACGUCAUUCCAGCUGGGAAGAGGAGGAGGAGGGAGGAGUCUGGAACACAGCAGGCUCUCAGGGAAGCAGUUCCUCCCACAACUCAACAAGCUGGGGGCAAGGAGGAAAGAAAACACAGAUAAAGUGCUCAUUAAAAGGAGGAAAUAGUGAUUCAUGGAUGAACCCUAUAUCCAAACAGUUUUCAAAUAUGGGCUUGCUAAGUCAAACUGAGGACAUUCCAGGCAAUAAGAUGGACUUGUCUGUAGGUGGUCUCCCAGAUAAGAAGUUUGAGGUAGAUAAACGAGCCAUGAAUCUCGGGGAUUUUAAUGACAUAAUGAGAAAGGAUCGAUCUGGGUUCCGUCCACCUAAUUCCAAAGACAUGGGAACCACAGAUAGUGGGCCUUAUUUUGAGAAGGGUGGCAAUCAUGGUUUGUUUGGAAACAGCACAGCACAAUCGAGGGGCAUGCACACACCAGUGCAGCCACUAAAUCCUUCCCCCAAUAUCCGGGCGCAAGUGCCUCCCCAAUUUCUUUCUCCCCAGGUUUCGGCCUCCAUGCUCAAACAGUUCCCCAACAGUGGCUUGAAUCCAGGUCUUUUCAAUGUGGGGCCCCAGCUUUCUCCGCAACAGAUUGCCAUGCUGAGCCAGCUUCCACAGAUUCCCCAGUUUCAAUUGGCGUGUCAGCUCCUCCUUCAGCAGCAGCAGCAGCAGCAGCUGUUACAGAGCCAGAGGAAGUUAUCUCAAGCUGUGCGACAGCAGCAGGAGCAACAGAUUGCUCGUAUGGUGAGUGCCCUCCAGCAGCAGCAGCAGAGGCAGCCUGGCAUGAAGCAUUCACCAUCCCACCCUGUUGGGCCUAAGCCACAUAUAGACAGCAUGGUACCCAAUCCUUUGAAUGUGGGUCUUUCAGAUUUACAGAGCAAAGGACAAAUACCUGGAUACGGUUCAGGCUUUGGCUCAAGCAGCAUGGAUUAUGGCAUGGUGGGAGGGAAAGAAGCUGGAACAGAAUCCCGCUUUAAACAGUGGACUAUGAUGGAAGGGCUGCCCUCUGUGGCUUCACAAGAUGCCAAUAUGCACAAAAAUGGUGCAAUAGUGCCCCCUGGAAAGGCUCGCGGAGGAUCGCCCUACAACCAGUUUGACAUAAUUCAGGGCGACCCGCUGGGUGGCCAUGCAGGCCCUGCUGGUGAUAGUUGGUUACCUGCCAAAUCUCCGCCGACGAGCAAGAUCGGAAGCAAAUCCAGCAACGCCAGCUGGCCUCCAGAGUUCCAACCAGGAGUGCCAUGGAAAGGUAUACAAAACAUUGACCCUGAAUCUGACCCCUACGUGACCCCUGGAAGUGUGCUGGGGGGGACAGCCACAUCUCCCAUUGUAGAUACUGACCACCAACUUCUGCGGGACAACACCACAGGGUCUAAUUCUUCCCUCAACACCUCGCUGCCUUCACCUGGUGCCUGGCCCUACAGUGCCUCUGACAAUUCCUUCACCAACGUUCAUAGCACUUCAGCAAAAUUCAGUGAUUACAAAUCAACAUGGUCCCCAGAUCCCAUAGGACACAAUCCCACUCAUCUCUCCAACAAGAUGUGGAAAAACCAUAUUUCCUCAAGGAACACUACAGGGCUGCCUCGCCCGCCUCCUGGCCUGACCAACCCCAAACCAUCAUCUCCAUGGAACAGCACAGCACCCCGAUCGGUCAGGGGCUGGGGGACACAGGACUCAAGGCUUGCCUCUGCAUCUACUUGGAGUGAUGGUAGCUCAGUUCGUCCUAGUUACUGGCUGGUUCUUCACAAUCUCACUCCACAGAUCGAUGGCUCAACCUUGAGGACGAUCUGCAUGCAGCAUGGCCCACUGCUGACAUUCCAUCUGAACCUGACCCAGGGCACCGCUCUCAUCCGAUACAACACCAAACAGGAGGCGGCCAAGGCCCAGACUGCACUGCACAUGUGUGUGUUGGGAAACACUACCAUCCUGGCUGAGUUUGCCACAGAUGAGGAGGUUAGUCGCUUUUUGACACAAGCUCAGCCCCCUACACCUGCAGCAACCCCAAGUGCACCCGCGGCAGGCUGGCAAUCCCUGGAGACGGGACAGAACCAGACAGAUCCAGUUGGACCUGCUUUGAAUCUCUUUGGUGGGUCAACAGGGCUUGGGCAGUGGAGCAGUGGUGGCGGCGGCAGCAGUGGGGGUGAUCUCACUGGCGCUUCGUUGUGGGGGCCCCCAAACUAUUCUUCAAGCUUGUGGGGGGUCCCGAGCGUAGAGGAUCCACACAGAAUGGGCAGCCCUGCUCCCUUACUACCUGGAGACCUUCUGGGAGGAGGGUCGGAUUCAAUCUGAACUUAGAACUUUCAACUCUGACCUCGUGACCUUUUUUGGAACAGCAGCAGCACUAACUUGACCUUUUCGUUUUUUUUCAACUUGCAAUAAAUACAUUUAUAAAAGGAAAAAAGAAAACGGAGAGAGAAAAAAAGGUGGGUCAUUGACAGACUGUCUGAGCACAUAGUUGCCUCCCUUAUAUAACUUCAGUUUUUUCGUUUGGAAUAUGAAUCCAAAAAGAGAACAUAUCACUCUUGAAAUACUUGAAUCAUGAACGCCAACUUAGAAAGACAAUGUGAAGCAAGUACACAUACCAUUUAAAUUUAAACACAAAAAAUUAAAAAAAUUAGUUUCUAGUUUUUCACUUUUUCAUGUUAUACGGAAGUUGUUGCUAAGAAACAUAUAUACUGAAAAAAUAGCUUUUUAACUUUGUUUGCACUGGGUGUGUUUCCGUCCUUAGGUCUACCAUGUUGGGUUGGGGUAGGGGUGGGAUUCAAAAGAAAAAAGGGGUGGGGGGAGGGGAAGACUUGACGGAGCCUCACUUUAAAAACAAAAAACAGACAAAAAAAAUUAAAAAAACAAAAAAAAAAAAGAAAAAAACAACAACAACAAAAAAACCAUCACUUUGUGAUUGGCUGGUUGAUAAGUACCAGUGUGUUCUGGCACAUGUAACUGCCCACGUGUGCUUGUUUCUGUGUGAGUGCGUGUGCACAUAUUCGUGUGUGUGCAUUUUUUCUCUCUAUAUAUAAUCUUGAAACGCUGCAUUGCUGAUGGUCUAUGGGCUGGCUGGCCAUCUGCUUGUCUUGCUUCUGAAAACAAGACAGGCAUGGUGGAGUCCCUGUGGCUGAAGCAGAAUCCAGUUGGGCUGGAUUAAAAUUUGUCAGUAAGUUCUUUUUAAAUUCAUUUUAGCAGGGUGCUAUCUCAAGUUUGCAGAUCAUACUGAAUGGGUAGUUGCUUCCUAGCCCUUGUUCUAACCCUGUGGUAGAGCAGAACACUGCCAUAUCCAAAGGAUUUGGUGAGAGGGGAGCCAGUGUUGUCUUUUGAGUAGCAGUGUAUUUAUUUAUUUAUGUCUGCAUGUGGGGUUUUUGUAUGGAGUGAACCCUAGAAUGUUUGUUAUAUAAUGCAAGCCAUUUUUUUUUCUUCUGAAGAGAGGAAAAGGGGAGGAAAGAAGACAUUGCCAUUUUUGGGGUGACAAAGAAGAAUGUUCUUAUUCUCUUGCAAGCUUCGGAACCUUUAAAACUAACAAAAAGAAAAGUUUCUUUUCUCCCCCAAAAGCAUAAAUAAGCACCCACGUUCAUUCUUGAAGAAUCCAUCAAAAGCUUGAAAGUCCAGCCCAACCAAAUUAGCCUUUCAAUUGAUUUACUGCUUGUUUUAAAACUGACAAAGGUGAAAUUGUGUCAGCAAACCGCUGGCCGGCCUGCCUCAUCCCCUGAAAGCACAUGCAGCUGACUCCCUUCCGCGUCCUUCACGGUGAGCGUUACCUGUGCCAGGCCUUGGUGUAUUACAGCACCAGACCAUCACUGACAGAAACGUUUACUUACGAAUGUUCUUAAACCAGUGUGUACUUCAAACGUUUCCUUUUGUUUCUCUGUGUUGUGUUUUUUCCUGUGUACGUGGUUUUGCUUAGGGAAGUAUAUAACUAGCAAAGACUUUUUUUUUUUUAAAGUAUUGCACCUUUUUGUUUUUUGUUUUUACUUUUUCUGUACUGUUGCUUUUUAAUUUUCUGUAUUUAAGGAAAGGUUUGGGGUUUUUUUAGCAUCAGUGUAAGUAGUACUCUGGGCAGGAUAGGGGUGACCUAUGUAAUCCACAGUGAUAGCCAGUGUGUGCGUGCAUGUGUGCGCUGGGAACAAACUUCCGAGACUGCUUGUUGUGAAGAGCCGUAGCAGCCUUGAAGGAGCAUCUCUUUACACAAAGCCAGAAGUCGUUCGGAGGAAGGCUGGGAAAAGAGGGAAGAGAGAUGCCGGUACUUUUCGUGUAAGUGCUAGCAUCCGUGUGGCGUUGUCUAGCCGUCGUACUGUCUAACAAAGUGCCGACGUUCAGUACCAGCAACUACCUGUCCAUUCCAACCCUCAGCGGGAGCAGUUCUCGGUUUUUAUUACCUGUCGGGGGGAGGAUAGGAGAGUCUCCAGCGUUUUCAUUGAAGGAUCCAACAGUGUCUAAUACGUUAAAGCAGGGCAUAGGUGGGGAGAAGCAGAAGCAGACUCAAGUAGGGUAGGGGUGCGUGUGUGUGUGCGUCUGGGUGCGUGUGCCUGUGGGUUGGGAGGGGGGGGAAGGACAGGGGAGUUUUGUGGCUUUUCUCAAUUCGCCCUUUCUAUGUAAACCCAGUGUCACAAGGAUGACUGACUGAGGGAAAUGCUGCAUUUACACAUGCCUGUAGAUUUGUACACAAAGUGUUACGUGACAAUAAGUAUGAGUAGGUUUGUAUUUGCUUAGUAAACUGGAGUGUGCAGCAUACUCUGGCUCCGUUGGAAUGUACUUUUCUAUCACAUCUCCUUCAUCCCACCAUGCACAAUGAAAAUUUCCUCUUCCAGCUCCUGCUACCUAGUGCCCCUCGCGUGCACGCAUCCUUAGAGCUUUGUUUCUGACGGUCUCCGCUCGAAGCCCAGCUGCACUCCCACAGGCAGAGCAGGUUCCUAAAAGCCUUGUGCCAGCAGUUCUUCCUAGCGAAGCACCUUUGGCCCGAGUCAGCCAGUGCCCCUUCUCCCCGCGGUUUGCUCUCCACGCUGGUUCAUCGCUGUGUGCCACCCUCACUUCUCUCUCCCAGCCUGCCCUAUGGUCCCUUUUCCUGCACUUUGGGUUAGUUGAGUUCAUUGCGAUACUACGGUGAAAGCCGGGUGCUAGAGCCCCUCUUGUUUACAAGACGUAAUGAGGGAUUUGAAAUAUUUAAAAAGAAAAGCUAAAUUGUUCUUCCAUUGUAAGCUUAAAGGGAAAAAAAAAAAAAUUAAAACAUACAAAAAAAAAAAAAAAAAAAGACCAAAAAGUGCAUAUAUAUAUUUUAGAUGAAGACUAACUCUGGGAGCAUUUAACAGUGUUUUUGUUUUAAUUUUAACAUUUUAUUUUCCUGCUUUAAAUUUGCAAGCAUUCUCAGGAAUUCUAGGGUAGGAAGCCAGUUUUUUGAAGAUGGUUUAUUUAACCUUAUCCUAGAUAGAUGGCUGUUUCUUGUUGAUAAACUUUUACAAGUUCCUGAAUCUUCAAAAUGUUUGAAAGUUUUUACUUUAAAAUAAAAAAAGCUAAAAAAAUUAAUAAAAAGAAAAAGAAAAAAAAAUGAAAAAAAUCUCCAAAUGUUACUGUCAGGUGGGGGGGGUCAAGAAUUGUAAAGACUGAGUAAAUUAAAACACAUGAAGAGAACUUCUUGGUAUCAGCAGCAGAAAUCCGUUGCGAUCUGAAGUUGUGGGAGAAGAAGGGUUGUAGUGCUUUGGUACUCGUGUGCAUUUGCAUGGAAAAGAGAAGUGUAAGAAUGGAAAUCUAUUACUAUGUUCCCUUUCGAUUUGAAACGAAAAUAUUCUUCAAGCACCUUUUUAAAAGCAAAGUGAAACUGUAAAUCUAACAAAAAUGCAGUAUAGUUUCAACUGAAAGAGUCCUCAGUGAGGAGGAGCAGCAGGAAAUACACGAUGUUGCUUCUUCAAGCCACUUCUAAGUAGUGCUAAAUACCAGUGCUGACAGAACGCCGAAGAAAGCAGUAGUUCUAGCCUGCCUUUCUCAGUACAGAAAAAAGGGAGGCAGUAUGAAAAAAAAACUUCAGUGAAAUGUACAUUAGAAAUCAACUUUCCCAUUUUCAGCUGUUUUGGUCAGUUUUGUCCCCCAGUUGGAGAUUUGCUGCUUGCUUUUCUUAACCCUCAGCCCACCUUCAGUCUUUCUGUGUUGUUUCACAUGCGGGGAAUAGCUGGUAAACUCUUCUGUUCACCCUAUUGCUGCUGGCUGUCGGGGCGGACAGUCUUGAGCUUCAGAGCUUGGUGCUGGGGUGCCUGACUUCUGCCCCCAGCUCUAAGGGUCAGGGGUUUGCUCCUCCUGAAAUGGCGAGACUCACACCACAGAAACCGCGCUAGUGCCUUUCUACAUGCACCCUACAGUAGGGGAAGGGAGGGGAGAUGAGGCAGUAUGGUGGCUUAACGGAAAUAAAUGUACCCGUUCUUAGAGCAAAAAGAGCAUGCAGUGAGUCAUUGCAUGCAGUCAUGCAAUGAGUUACAUAGCAGUAGUUGUUAAGAUAGCUUUUUACUAUUUAAAAAAGUCAGAUGCCAAAUUAAUGUCCUUUUCAUAUCAGUUGCCCGGUGUUUUUGUGUUGUGCUCUGUGUACAUACGAGUGUAUAAGUGUGUGUGUUGACUCUAAUGCAUCAGCUAAUUUGGGAAAAAAAUUGUAUAAUGGGCCAGUAGAGGAACGUUCAUUUAGGACGUUAAAGAUUUUUUUAUUAUUAUUAUUUUUAAGGAGAAAAAUUUGAGGGUUUUUUGGCCAGAGGCUGUUCAAAUUGGCAGAGUCCUGAAAAACAAAAAAAGGAAAUCUUGGGCUUUGUCAAAUAGAGCCUGGGAGUGUGGCAGUCAUUUGGAAGUUGAAUCGUAAGUGCUGAGGGAUGCAGUCUGGAGCUUCUGCCAUCAGCUGAGUCCAAGCCUCCUGUCUUACAGCAGUCUGCUCCUCCAUUCCUUAAAGGUACAGGCCUGCAAACGUUAGUGACUGUCUUCUCAGUGAGUUUUCCAAAGUUGUUCAAGUAAAGCCACGUUAGUCUUACUGCUUUCCAGCCGCAGGUGAUAGUUCCAUUCCUCUGAAUUACGCAUAGCUGGCCGUGAUGCUGGCACGGCUCGGUCCUGGCAUUCCUAACCCCACUGCAAACUAUUUCUGAGCAUUGUGGUAACCACACUCAUCUCCUAGGGACGGCAGUUGCUCAAAUGUUGUAAAUACCCUGCUACCAUUUGGGCUUGUAACAGUAGAAAAGACAGCAGGAAUAGAAGUUAGAGUAUUUGGGGGCUUUUACAACCAUUCCAGGGAAGGAAUUGGUGACAGCAUCUUGUUUAAAAUGUUGACAGAGAGAGUAAAGGGGCUGGGGAAAAGCAUCUUACUACGUCCUGCAUGAAAAUCAGUUUUACUUUCAAGCAACAGAGAACACUUCUUCGUUCUGUUCCUGGUUUUGAUUCUUAGGAUUAUAAAGCUUAAAUAUGUAUGUACUUUGCAGGUGGUUUCACAUGUCCUGCCUUUUUGUUUUGAAUCCUUCAGUGCUACAUUUUAGCAGACUUCUAAACAAGUACCUAUUUGUUAAUUCCACUUGGCUUACCCUAGCCAGCAGUGUGCAUCCAGCUGAGACUUUUUUUAAUAGGUUUGUUGGUUCUUCCUAAGUUUGAGAAUUUCCUUUUAGCUAUAAGAAAGUCUAGUAAGCAAAACAAUAAAAAAUAAAGAGGAGUGAUGCAGCUCAGAAAUCUAUGUUGAGACCUCAGAUGCUUAUUUUGGAAAGCAGAUUUAAUAUGUACAUUGGAAGACUUGCCAGUUUUCCCACUGUUUUUGUACUUCCCUGGACUUUUACCCAACAUUUUUCAGUGUUUUUGUUGUUUCUUUUUCCCAGUCACAGGGUGUCAGGUUUUUCUUACAAGCUUUUUUUUUACUUCAGGUUAAAUGGCAUGUCUAAUGAGCAAGUGUGUGUUUUUCUUUUGCAAUAUAAACACAGAUUUUCAGCAAACUGUGUGGGAUAGCAGCGUCAAAGAUGAAAUAACAACUGAACCUUUAUAUUAUGGUGACAGCUUUUUUUUUUUUUCUUCCCUGACACAGAUUUCCAAACAUUCAGUGCUUAGAACUUUUUCUCUAAGAUUUUUUCUUCCUAAAAAUGUUGCCACAUCUUCCACUAUUUGUGUCUUGACAGUGCAUCCAAACAGGACCCUUUUUGGUCCUGCUUUUGCUUCAUUCUUUGUUACGUUUACCUUUUAGGCUUCUACAUUUGUUAACGUGUAUGUUUUUCCUGUAGAUAUUAAGAGGAGUGCUGUGUGUUUCUGAGAUACCCACAUCUGGCCAAGUCUGAUCCAGGCAAUCAGGAGUGACCGUCACAUAAAUUAGUCCCACUGACCUUAAAUGAGUGCAUACUGCUCAAGUAAGGGCUCUUUGUGUAAGUACACUUCAGCUGGAUCAGGGUCCAGAUAGCAGAUGUGGACUUGUUACAUUUCCAAAGCAGCCAACAGACCAGUGUUGCAUGUAUCACAUUCACUGUAAGUCGUGUGACCUUAACAUGCAGUAACUCUCUUUGCAGUAGAUGGUUAGUGUCUCAGGGUACAAGUCCUGAUGGAGUGAAAGGUAGUUUCUUCCGUCUCUAAGGAGGAAAGGUUCCCCUACAGCAGGAGCAGCUUUCUUAUCUGUAAAUAGGCAUGCAUGUAUUUGUGGGCAGGAAAGUAAUACCAAGAAAAUUAAGUUGAAAGGAACUAAAAGAAAAUAAAUGCUCUUGAAAUGCAACUUUGGUCCUGAAUCUGAAACAACAUAUGCAGAAUCCGUUGCUGUGACUAAAUUGAUUUUUGCACAAAAUACCAUUUCAAUUUUACAGUUUUAUUUCCUACAAUUUUGCAGAGUCAGAAUCCUCGUUGCCUGAUUCUGUUAGAUCGUAUCAGUCUGUCCUGCUGCGAUCAGAAUACAGAUGUCAAAGCCCAAAUUAUCUUCCUUUUUCUUUACCAGUACUGGGAUUCUCAACACGGAAGAAGGAUGUUAGCAGUAACGGGAAAAUCUGUAUACCUUCCCUGGUGUUGACAAACCCUGCUUCCCUGUUGUGCUGAGUUCACAUUUAGGCUUAAAAUGCAAACCCUUAAGUGUUGCUGGAGCAGAGCUGUUGGUUGGACUAGGGGGCAGUAGUGUAACUGGAGGUUACUGGUUGUCUUGCUAGUUUGUGCCCCUCACAAUGUGUCCCUUCAGUGUCCUGUCACUGUAAACACCAGUGUUGCUGAAUUUUACCAGAGUUCCCCUGCAGUGGAUCAUAGAAGACAGCCAGGUCUAUCUUGUAGUGGCUCUCCAAACAGAGCUUUGUCCACAGUAGGAUUCAAGGGUCCGACUGCACUGCUGUUAAAUCUCAGUCAUGGUCCCAUUAAAAUAUAGCUGUCUAUUUCAUGGUAUAUGUGGAACUUUAAAACUUGUGUCAGUGACUCUUGCUUUUAAUCCUUAUAUGAAAACUGAUUAAAGAUUUCAUCUGUGAUACAAAAAAGCGCCUCAGCUCCUAAUGGAGCCUCUUUUCACUGUUGUCUGGCCAAGAUAGAUAAAGCUUCAUCAGUGGCAUACAGCAGACAGCAUCUAUUCCCAUCCACAGUUUGUGUGUUUGUCUUCAUUGAGCAAUGCAGGAAAGUUUCUCUCCAAAAAUCUCCCAGGACCCAGUGCUAUAUAAGCAAGUUUCUAGCAAAUCAAACGCCCUCGGCAAAGAACCAUUUUUACUCUGUACGUGUGACAGCUGGGACUGGUGGCAUUCCGCAGUGUUAGGGCUCCUGCUAACUUUGUUGUGUGAGAAGGAGUUUUUUGACUCUGAUAUUGAUUCUGAUUGAUUCUGUAUAUGAAUAUGGUGCACUCGGGUGGGAAAACAAAGCAAAAAAUGCAUUGUGCCAGCCAGCAUUAAGUAUUUUUGCAGUAAACAUUCUUGAUGUUUGUGGACAGAGGGGAAGAGAAAAGAUUGGAGAAGUUAGCCAUGGAUGGGCAAUAUAAGCAGGCAGUGAUGUCUCCUUGAGCAUUCAGUCCCUCCUCUUGGGUAUUAGUGUGCGUAGUUGCAUUCACAGAACUCAUUUCCCCUUUUAUUAAAAAACAACUUUCUUUUUUAACUGAGAUAAAGUCAAAGCUUUUCCUGUUGCAGGUGACACACAACCGUAAGCAAACAUUUUCUUCACCAUCUACUGUUGAGCAGUAAGCAGGUUGCACAGCUUGCUAGAAAAGCAAUUUUUGUGACAUGGUAAUAAUAUUAUGUGCUUUCUUUCCCCUCCCUCCCCCUGCCAGAUAUGGCUUACCCUUUCUAUAUAAGGCACUGAGUGUGUUGUUUUGUUUUGCUUUGUUUUGUUUUGUUUUGUUCUGGAGAUGUGUGGAGAAGAAGCAAAAUGAAGUGAAAAUGCAAGCCAAGGUAGAACAGCCUUACUUUAGGGGGUAGCCUUACAACAGAGCUUUAUAGUGAGUGUGCUGUAUUCCAAAAUAUGUAAGCCAAAAACAAAAAGCAUUCACUUAUGCAAAAAAAAACAAAAAACAAAAAAACAAACAAAAAAAAAAAACAAAAACUUAAAAAGAGGUGUUGGAAGACUUCUUUAAUAUGUACCUUCUAAAGGUAGAGUAAGGUCUCACCGAGUGAUACGUUAUUGUGAUACUUCUUGCUGGGUCAGUAGGGAUGGGUUGGGGUAUAAGCGCUUAACGUUUUCCUCCUUGUAUGUUUUUACAAGCAGUAAGAUAAAUGUGGUAUUUAUGAAUGUGCCUUUGUGAGUAUAGUGACUGUCUGAGGAGACUGCUUGGGCUGAAGGAGAGACAAUGGUCAAUGUAAUCUUUCAAGAGGUCAGAUGUUGAGAUGUUGAGAUUCCAGCCUACUGGUCCCUUUGGGCAAGCAGCAUCUUUGGGCUGGUCUCUACACUGCACAAUACGUAUUCUUAUGUGGUAGAGAUCGGGGUGGGGGGUGAGAAGGGCUGUCGUGUGAUGCACAGAAGCUGUUGGUAGUUCUAGGCUAGUCUGCCGUUGCAGGUUGAGUUUGUAUAUGUUUUACGUGGCUUCUCUUUAUGUUGGUGUGCAUGAGUGUGAGUGUGUGUGGCUUUAUGUUUUUUGUAAGCACUGGAGAAUUGAAACACAGUGAUGUUUGAGACAAAUCUAUACAUGUAGAGAAGUUGAUGUUUUGUAGCUUCUGUUAACUAGUGGGUGCAGGCACACUUUUACCCUCUCUGUCCGUGUCCUGAUGAAAGAAACAGGAAAAAUUAUUUUUUUCAACCUGUCAACUUCCAGCACACUUAAUGUUGCCAUUUAAAUGAACAGGGUAUUACACAAGAAGAAAAAAGAGUUUUUGAAAUGGUGAGGUAGAAGUGUUUAAAAGGAAAAAAAAAUUGAAGUAAUCUUUUGUUUCUUCGAAGCUGUUUGUAGCUAAACAUGGGAAUCUGCAGUGUCUCCUUCCAUUUGUUAUUUUCUGAUAAUUCACCUCUUCAUCCCAUCCAAAAUGAGGUGUAUGAGAUCAAGAGCUGUUGCUGUAGCCCCUCAUAAUUCCCACCAUAAAAAAACUCCAGUGGGAUCCCUCAGCUCUAUUCAGGAAGACAAAAGAGAGGAGAGACUCUGCAGUUUUCUUUGCUUCGCUCUCAUUCCUCUCUAAUGGCCUUGAAAUGUAUUAUUAUGCAAAUGUGAAUUUUGAUACUGAACUUAAGAAGAGGUUGUUUGUUCUUUUUUCAAAAAAAAAAAAAAAAAAAAGGUCCCAUAUGUGGUCAGCAUCGCUUCUUUAUUUUGUAAGUGAAUUGUAAACUAUGCAUUCUGCAAAGGGGGCGUAGGGGACAGAGAUAGCUUUGCUAAACUGUUCAGGAGUUUCUGUGUCCAUGGUUUAUCCGUUACAGUUUGGGGGAGUGGGGAAGUGAUGACUUAGAAAUAAGGAGUUUGCAACACUUUUCCAGAAUUUGGCAGCUGGACAGAGAUUUGGAAAAUCAAGGUGGAAUGCAAAAAUAAAAUAAAAAAAUUAAAAAAAAAAAAAAUCCAUUCUAAACCUUCUGCAGGAUUGUGAAUUGUAGCCAUGCAGUGUUAACCCAGGGCCAGUAGGGUGAAUGGGACACCAGCUCUACCUGGGGAACAAUCCACCACCUCCUGCGUUCUGGCCCCGGUCAAGCUCAGGAAACAGUGCCAUAGGCACUGGCUCUUUUGGAUUUACUACUUGCUUUCCAUUACAGCAGUCUUGCACUCUCCCAGGAAUCGGAACACAGCUGGUCUGUCUGUUUACACCCGCUUUUCCCUAAAAUUUUCAUCGCUGCUGCUUCUGGCACAGCUCAAAUAGUGGCAGCACAGCUAUGGACAAGACAGUGGAGGUGGUAUUUCUUCCUAGUGCUCAUCAAAGCAUCUACCAGUGCUUUGUCUUCUGGUGUUACCAUAGGUGAUUUAGCAUUAAUGUUGGCAUUAGAUGAAAUUUUGGGGAAUGUUGGCUGACGCGUAGACUAGGCUCUCUGUUUAAAAGAGGAGAUCUUUAUUAAGUAGUUGGUAUCAUAAUGGGCAAAAAAGGAUUGACUUCCUCACAUCUCCAAAAUGCAGUCCUUGUGAAUUGCACGUGCUCUAUGAAGCUUGCUGAGCUUCUAGGAGCAACCUUCUCAGAAAAAUGUAGAUCUCACUGCCCUCUUCAUCAUCUUGAUAGGGACCCUUUGUUGACUUGACUUUCUCCUUUGUCCGUGGUACCAUGGUACCUGCAUUAUUCUUGGCAUUAUCUUAAUGUAAUAUCAUAUACCGAGAGAUUAUCCUGCCUGUAUUCAGUGUUUUCAUGCAGCAAUUUUAUUUUUGUUGACGUUCACAGUACUGUAAUAAGUAAUAGACUUGAUGAUCACUCUCACAUCUGUGCCUGCCUUGCAGAUGUGAUCUUAUCAGGGUUCCACUCUGUCAGAUUGCCUUUAAAAACAUUUAUAUGGAAAAAGUGAAAAAAAAUCUGAAGUUUAAACUCACUCACAAAAAUACCUCAUGGUACAUUUCCCCUUCUCAUGUAACCAUUCAAAUCUUACUUUUUCUUUGAAGCUCAAUGGGUUUUUAUUUCCAUCUGUUAUCUCCUUUUUAGAAAAAUGUUUGGACUAUUGGUUUUGGGCACAGGACCAGAAGCCUGAAACUCCUGAAUUUUAACAUCAGCCCUUAUUCUUCCCUCUUUGGCUGUGGGCGAGUCAUUUAACUUCUUUGCCUUUGUUUUUUCAUUUGUAAAACAGAGGUGAUAAUAACACUUACCUACCUCACAGGGGUUUUGUGAGGAUCAACAUGUUUGUGAUGUGCUUUAAAGAUUAAAAGCUUGAUAGAAGUAUUAAGAGUUUUUACAGCAAGACAGUUCAUUUUUUUUUUACAUUUCUUUUGCUUGUGUGAAGGGAGAGAACCCAUGACACUGUCUUUGAUAAAGCCAUUCAACACUCAGAUCCUAAAUAACAGACGUUAAUGGAGGUUCAGUUACUCAUCCUCGUCCUCUCUUCAUGCCAGUUUCCUGCUGCUGCUCUUGUAGGGUUACGCCAGUUUUGCUGCAGGUCACACGUCUCUAGUUACACUUCUGGAUAAACCUUUGAACUUGAAGUACUUGAGCUUGCUGCUUCUUUCACCAGAUCUCCAGGUUGGAAUCAGUUUGUGUACUUCUCCCUCCCUUUCAGUAGAGUUGUUGUUCGUGUCAUCAUUCAGGUGGGCACUUCUCUUGCCGUUGUGAAGGGGAGGCCGUGGUCUGCGGUCGUAGAGAAGGGCUGUCACAUGGAGAACCAUUCCACCUUAGCUGCUCCGUGAACAAAAUCAGAGUGGUUUCCCAUUCCGUUCCCCAAAUUGAUGCAUCCCCCCGUGUGUUAUGGGUGACACUUUCUGCAGUGUCUCUCGGCUCGCAAUACCCAGAAGCCGUCUCCUGCCAGUAGGACACAGGAUUGGAGGGAGCGUCCCUCGCACCGUGAGGGCAGGCUGGGGCCUGCAGUGGUCAGGGAGCCUCGCUGCCUUCUCCAGUCUCCAACCAUGUGGAUGCGCAUCUCUGGGAUGUGCUUUUGGGCCUUUUGAGAGUCUGGCCUUUGAAAUGCCAAGGAGAUGGAGUCUGUGAAACCUCCUGUCUGACACUGCCUGCUUCUUUCUGUGCUGCGCUGCCCCCCACGGCCUUAGGGACGACUCUCCACUCUCGUAGUGUGCCAUCCUCUCCAUCGCUGCCAGUCCUUGAGGCAAAAUGCAGUGCUUCUGCAGAGAAAGGAGCUGAAAUGAUGCACCGUGUGCACCCGUGACGUUUCCAUACACAUAUCUUACAUUUCUGUCGGGUGCACACAGAGCAUCUGCUAUGCGAUGCUAUUCCUUUCUUAGGCAGAAAACAGAACAAACAGCAGCACGACUGCUGAUGGCAACUCUGCCAUGUUUACUUUGAACCCAAGGUUAGCUAUUUUCCCCAAAGAACCAAAAAAAAAAAAAAAAAAAAAAACCCUUCUAACAA